AUGUCUCGCUUCGCAUUGACCGAGCCUCACCCAACUAUCCCUAAGUCUGGUGGCUACAUCGGCUCAGGACGCGGCGGUGCUGGCAACAUCAAGAAGUUCAAGCCCGAGGAUCUCACUACUGGCCCAAAUGCUACGGGCCCGGCCUCUCGCGUCCCGCUCACUAGAAUCUCUCGACCGUUCAAGCGCACCGUGCCAUCUGGUCGAGGAGGCGCAGGCAACAUGAUCUCCGAGCCUGAGGAGCCUAUCUUCCAGUUCGACGAGGACCUGGUCAAGAAGCGCAAUGACUCCGCCCCCGUGUACCACAUCGGACGUGGUGGCGCUGGCAACCUCUUCACCGAGGCACAUCCAAAGCCAGUCUCGCAGAGGAAGGACUCGACCGACUCCACGGCAUCAGAGAGCGAGCGUGUGAGGAUGGAGCCGAAUAGGCGUGGCAGCAUGCUCAGCGUGUUUAGCCGACGAUCCUAG